AUGUGCACCACCGGCUUCAACUUGAUGAAGGCUUUUGAAAAUAUUAAGAUUGUCCAUACCAUGGCUUUGAAGCCUAAAGGGGCUAAAAAAGUGUUAACCUUUACUCCUACCAAUCUUAUAUGGCCAUUCAUAGGGAUGCUGUCGCCCGGCAGUUUCAGCACCCUGGCGCGGACGCUUCAGCGGAUGAACUUUAUCUUUACGAGCAGCGAACUCUACUCCGCUCAUUGCCCUGCGAUGCCAGAUGAGGUUAUCUCUGUGUUCCGUAAACAUUACCCUGAUGUUCCAGCUACUCCUGAGAAUGAUGAACAACAGGAUAAGGAUGCGGAGGAACAGGAGGAGGAACUGGUGACUUCUGCGGAAGUUCAGGCGGUGCUCAACACCUUCCCCAUCCAGACAACCUUUCACUUUUUACGAGAUACCUUCUGCGGACGACAUUAUGGGUUCUUCGAACAUUCUAUACCAAUGCGCUUUUAG